GCGGCGGGGCCGGCUCCAGGGCCCGGGCGGCUGCAGGAGGGAGGGAAGGAGGCGGGAGGGAGCGAGCGGAGCCAGGGGCGCACGUACGCCCCAGCGCUGGGAUUUAUCGGCUCGCGGGGAGAGCGGAGCAGGCGCGCGGCCCAGGCGGAGGAGCGCCGACUCUGGAGCAGCCGGAGCUGGAGGAGGAGGAGGAGGAGAGGCGGCGGGGAAGGCGGAGGAGGAGGAGGAGGAGGAGGGGGAGAGUCGCUCCCGCCGGGCGAGCAUGGGGCGCCUGGCGCCGAGGCCGCUGCUGCUGGCGCUCCUGUGGCUGGGUCUUUGUCAAGGACGUGUGGUGAGAGUCCCCACAGGGACCCUGGUUCGAGUGGUGGGCACUGAGCUGGUCAUCCCCUGCAACGUCAGUGACUAUGAUGGCCCCAGCGAGCAGAACUUUGACUGGAGCUUCUCAUCUUUGGGGAGCGACUUUGAGGAGCUUGCAAGCACCUGGGAGGCGGGGUUCCCAACCCAGCUGUACCAGGAGCGGCUGCAGAGGGGCGAGAUCCUGUUAAGGCGGACUGCCAAUGAUGCCGUGGAGCUCCAUAUCAAGAAUGUCCAGCCUUCAGACCAAGGCCACUACAAAUGUUCCACCCCCAGCACAGAUGCCACCGUCCAGGGCAACUAUGAGGACACAGUGCAGGUUAAAGUGCUGGCCGAUGCCCUGCACGUGGGCCCCAGCGCGCGGCCCCCGCCGAGCCUGAGCUUGCGGGAGGGGGAGCCCUUCGAGCUGCGCUGCACCGCCGCCUCCGCCUCGCCGCUGCACACGCACCUGGCGCUGCUGUGGGAGCUGCACCGCGGCCCGGCCCGGCGGAGCGUCCUCGCCCUGACCCACGAGGGCAGAUUCCACCCGGGCCUGGGGUACGAGCAGCGCUACCACAGUGGGGGCGUGCGCCUCGACACCGUGGGCAGCGACGCCUACCGCCUGUCAGUGUCCCGGGCUCUGUCCGCCGACCAGGGCUCCUACAGGUGUGUCGUCAGCGAGUGGAUCGCCGAGCAGGGCAACUGGCAGGAAAUCCAAGAAAAGGCCGUGGAAGUUGCCACCGUGGUAAUCCAGCCGACAGUUCUGCGAGCAGCCGUGCCCAAGAACGUGUCUGUGGCUGAAGGAAAGGAGCUGGACCUGACCUGCAACAUCACAACAGACCGAGUGGAUGACGUCCGGCCUGAGGUGACGUGGUCCUUCAGCAGGACUCCGGACAGCACCCUGCCUGGCUCCCGCGUGUUGGCGCGGCUUGACCGUGAUUCCCUGGUGCACAGCUCACCUCACAUUGCGUUGAGUCACGUGGACGCACGCUCCUACCAUUUACUGGUUCGGGAUGUUAGCAAAGAAAACUCCGGCUACUAUUUCUGCCACGUGUCCCUGUGGGCACCCGGACACAACAGGAGCUGGCACAAAGUGGCGGAGGCCGUGUCUUCCCCAGCCACUGUGGGUGUGACCUGGCUAGAACCCGACUACCAGGUGUACUUGAAUGCUUCCAAGGUCCCCGGGUUUGCAGACGACCCCACAGAACUGGCGUGCCGGGUGGUGGACACGAAGAGUGGGGAGGCGAAUGUCCGAUUCACGGUUUCGUGGUACUACAGGACGAACCGGCGCAGCGACGACGUGGUGACCAGCGAGCUGCUCGCAGUCAUGGACAGGGACUGGACGCUAAAAUACGGAGAGAGGAGCAAGCAGCGGGCCCAGGACGGAGACUUUAUCUUUUCUAAGGAACAUAUAGACACGUUCAAUUUCCGGAUCCAAAGGACUACAGAGGAAGACAGAGGCAAUUAUUACUGUGUUGUGUCUGCCUGGACCAAACAGCGGAACAACAGCUGGGUGAAAAGCAAGGAUGUCUUCUCCAAGCCCGUUAACAUAUUUUGGGCAUUAGAAGAUUCUGUGCUUGUAGUGAAGGCGAGGCAGCCAAAGCCUUUCUUUGCUGCAGGAAAUACAUUUGAGAUGACUUGCAAAGUAUCUUCCAAGAAUAUUAAGUCACCACGUUACUCUGUUCUCAUCACCGCUGAGAAGCCUGUCGGCGACCUCUCCAGUCCCAAUGAAACGAAGUACAUCAUCUCUCUGGACCAGGAUUCUGUGGUGAAGCUGGAGAAUUGGACAGAUGCAUCACGGGUGGAUGGCGUUGUUUUGGAAAAAGUACGGGAGGAUGAGUUCCGCUAUCGAAUGUACCAGACUCAGGUCUCAGACGCAGGGCUGUACCGCUGCAUGGUGACAGCUUGGUCUCCUGUCAGGGGCAGCCUUUGGCGAGAAGCAGCAACCAGUCUCUCCAAUCCUAUUGAGAUAGACUUCCAAACCUCAGGUCCUAUAUUUAAUGCCUCUGUGCAUUCGGACACACCAUCAGUCAUCCGGGGAGAUCUGAUCAAAUUGUUCUGUAUCGUUACUGUCGAGGGAGCAGCAGUGGAUCCAGAUGACAUGGCCUUUGAUGUGUCCUGGUUUGCGGUGCACUCCUUUGGUCUGGACAAGGAUCCUGUGCUCCUGUCUUCCCUGGAUCGGAAGGGCAUUGUGACCACCUCCCGGCGGGAGUGGAAGAGUGACCUCAGCCUGGAGCGUGUGAGUGUGCUGGAAUUCUUGCUGCAAGUUCAUGGCUCCGAGGACCAGGACUUUGGUAACUACUACUGUUCCGUGACUCCAUGGGUGAAGUCACCAACAGGUUCCUGGCAGAAGGAGGCCGAGAUCCACUCCAAGCCCGUUUUUAUAACUGUGAAGAUGGAUGUGCUGAACGCCUUCAAGUAUCCCUUGCUGAUCGGCGUCGGCCUGUCCACUGUCAUCGGGCUCCUGUCGUGUCUCAUCGGGUACUGCAGCUCCCACUGGUGUUGUAAGAAGGAGGUUCAGGAGACCAGGCGUGAGCGCCGCAGGCUCAUGUCCAUGGAGAUGGACUAGCCUGGCCCGGGAGGGGAGUGACGGAGGGACGUUCUAGGAGCGAUUGGGGCGAGAAGAGGACAGUGAUAUUUUGAAACAAAGUGUGUUACACUAAAAACCAGUCCUCUCUAAUCUCAGGUGGGACUUGGCGCUCUCUCUUUUCUGCAUGUCAAGUUGUGAGCGCGGACAUGUUUACCAGCACACGGCUCUUCUUCCCAUGGCACUUUCUGAUGUAACAAUCGAGUGUGUGUUUUCCCAACUGCAGCUUUUCAAUGGUUAACCUUCAUCUAAUUUUUUUUUUCCUCCCACUGGCUUAUAGAUCCUCUGACUUGCGUGUGUUUAUAGCUUUUGUUUCGCGGGGUUGUGGUGAGGAAGGGGUGAUGGCAUGGGGUGAUGGCAGUUCUUCAUCUUCAGCGAGAGUGUGCCUGCCCGCCUGAGAGCCAGCUUCCGCCCUGGAGGCGUGGGUUCCGAGAGCUGCCGAGCCCACCCUCGAGCUGCCGAGCCCACCCUCACCCGGCCGACCCUACCGACAACGCAGACCUGUGCCGAAGGCUGAUUUGUGGCUUUGACGACCCUACCCCAACCCCUAUUUUCAGGGGUUUAGACGACAUUUGAAAUCUAAACUUGGAAUAUGUAACUUCUUAUUGAGCCCAAAUGCUUUUUUCUUUUCUUUUUCUUUCUCUCUCUCUCUCU